AUGGCAUACCUAAAUGAUGACGUUAUUGAUAAUGAGCUGGAGCAAAUGUUUGGCCUUCCUGAUAAUCCAGACGAAUCGGAAGAUGAGUACGAAUGCGACGAUAGCCUAGUAAUCAGUUUAGGUAUACGUGCGUUGACGGAGGAUCCCAAUAUUAUUCAAAAUCAAGGAAGUCCAACGCCUGGACCAUCAAGACGCAGUCCUGUGAGUUUCCUUUCUUCUAAUGAUGGUGAAAUAAGAGAAAAUAUUAAUAUUAAUAUAGGAGUACAUAAUUUUGAAUAUAACGAUAGUAAAGGUGAAGAAAUAUUGCGACCAGUCCGACCAUCACAAAUAUCUCGAACUAUUUCGGAAUCUUCCACUGACUCUCCCGUGAUAAGAAUGAAAAUGAUUGAAAAAAAGGUAGUAUGUGGCUGGACAGGCCAAAUGCAGAUAAAUAUGAUGAAGUUACCUUGA